UGGACAGGAUGACCCGUUCGGUAGCGUUCUGCGGCUUUCUGGUCGUUGCUUUGGUUCAGUUCAGCUCGGUGGCCACCGCCGACAGCGAGGAGCUUCUGCGUGGCAAAGAGCGCUGCCUGCGCCACGAGGACUUCCCCAGCCCGGGCGAGUGCUGCACCAAGCCGCAGUGGAUCAACCGGUACACCGUGCGCCGGUGUCAGUUCGUCCACACCGAAGUGGACGAGGGCCGCUACGAACGGGGCUCGUGUGCGGCCAAGUGCGGUCUGUACAAACUGAACGUGACGAUGACGGACCGGAUCGGACGAGUUCGUAUCUUCCGUCCACGGUUUCAGACCCGCGGUUUGGACGCGUCCUGGGCCCAGGUGAUCGUGGAAGCGCUGCGGACCUGCAAGCCACGGCUGACCGCGCUCGAGGGUCGCCACGUGCGAACCGACGAAGAGAUGGAACAGUGCGAGAUGGCUGAGGACAUUUUUCGGGACUGUGUCCACGGGCAGAUGUUUAUGCACUGUCCAAGACCCGCGUGGAUUAGCUCCGGGGUUUGCGAUGUCAUGCGCGAGCAGCUGGCCGCCGGAUGUCCCUAUAAAUCGCUCGGCGAAGUGAUCGCCCUAGAUGACGAAGGCCACGUACGGGACGAUCAGACGGCGUACGGCGACGACGACGACGAUUACGGUCGCCCGUACCCGAGGCGGACCGGAGAAGCUCACGGAUACCCGGGGGACGCAACCGACGACGACUACGUGGUCUAA